AUGUCUAUUAGUAGCGAUCCAUUUGCUGCGCCAGCCGCUUCGGCGAAGACUCCGCCCCGUACCGCUUUGGGGCUGUGGCGGUGCAUUCUGACGCCUCACUCCCGCACCGCCUCGUCGAAGGAGAACGUCAACCCGCCACCGCAGGACUCUGGUGAAGCCGUGUCUGCGGAUGAUGUGACUGCGGGUAGUUCCACAAGAGGAUACUGGAGCCUUGGGCUCGGAAAGACAUGCUCCCCAGACGUCCUUCAGCAAAAACCCGCUAGAGGGACAAAUCUAUUUAAGCGACUCAAAAACAUUUUGACCCCGUCGCAUGAGAGCCGGGCGCAGCCGCACGAAAGCGAUGCCCGUCAUGAGCCGUAUAGCGAUGUUUCUGUUGAAGAAGUGGUAGAGGGAGAUAUAAGCGGUGACGCCAACCACCAGACGGGGUUGGUGGAUGUAGAGGCGAUGGGGACAACGGGGGCGGAGGACCGCUACUACUACACAACGGAGGAUGGGGAGGUCUACUACGUUGACCCCGCCUCAAUUGAGUAUCAAGGGGCGUACCAACAACAGGAAGCGGAGGAGGAAAAGGAGGGGGCGGUGGAAAACGACAAUGAGGACCAACAAAAAAAACAACACCACCAACUGCAGCAGCAACAGCAGGGAGGAGAGGAACACAGUGAGCAUUGUCAAGGCGAGGAAGAAGAAGGAGGGGGACAGGAGGAACAUUCAAAAGGGCCAUUACGUCUGAGAGGAAAGGUGGCAAAGGCUUUAGCCAGCGAAGAGACGAAGCGGCGACGGCAGCUGCAGGAAGACUGCAUGAUUGUUCUUACGGACAUUGGCCGUGUGUACAGGGGUUUGGCCCGCACCGCCGCAGCUUUCGCAAAGGAAAUGGAAGCGCUGCGGCAUGCCAUAAAACAGCUGGAAAAGGAAGCCGUGAAGCAGGCGAAUGCAGUGGAGGCCGAGUGGAAAAAAGAGCAUGCGGAGCUGAGCCGCACAUUUCGUGUUGAAAUGGAGUUGGCGAAGAGGCGGCAUGCGAAGAGGGCAGAUCCGACUCUGUCUUCCUGA